UCGCACUGUGCAGCACAGCUGUCAUUGACAAAUUACGUAGUUAUUACAUUACAUUGUGUUGUGUUUUAGUCCAUGUGUAAAAAUAUAUUGCAAUAGCCAAGAUUUUAUCUGUGAUAGCUAAAUAAUUUAGUUUUACUAGACUAAAUAGAAGAUCUGACAUUAAACGGGCUGAAACUCCGCUCGAACGCAACGCAAAACAAUCGAAGUGAAAGGCACCAUGGAACCCCAGCCGAAUACAGUGGAACAGCCUUCAAAAAUAUUCAUCAACCCAAAGUUUGCUAAAGCGCACAUUAAUCCGAUGUUCCUAGCAUCCAACAGUUCGUUAAGGCGGCCAGAAGUAGCAAAGCAAGACGAAACAACCCACCACAGUAGCAGCAUACAUCUGAAUCCUGCAUUUCUGGAUAAGCUACGGAUUCAACAGGUAUCACCACCAACAAUAGCAGCAACAGCACCUGCUGCCGUUUCACAACCCAUCGUCCCGAACUCUUUGGUAGCGGCAACGAAACCUGCAGCUGCUAAACUCGCAUUUACAGCCACAGUAAACCCAAUUAUAAAAAAUACAAGAAGAAAACUGGUUCGUGCUACCGCAUCAGCAAGUGACUCACAGCCUACUGUUGUAGCUAAAUCGGUAGGGAGUGGUGUAGGAGGGCCAGCUAGCAACAGUCACCAGCUUGCUCCUUUGAUAAGAAUUGGGAAAAAUAAACUUGUCCGCAGCGGUGUACCUACUACGGUAAUGGGGUUGGAAAAUGUUAAACCCAGAGUGCUGCCAAGUGCAACGCUGCCAGAGAGGAAAAGCCUUCGAAUCGAUCGAAGGGUUGCAGCAACGUCGUCAAGGUCCUCCAUGCAAAAGCUGACGUUUGUGAAGCGUUAUGCCUUGUCGAGGAUAAAUGGAAUUACGCCCAAAAAGGUUGUCAUUACCGAUCCGAAGUUGCUAAAACUGAAACGUAAUCCAAUGGUAAAAACCGAUGAAAAAUCUAGACCGGGAAAGAGUUCUAUUGCUUACGCCUCGAAAAAUAAGCAGCUUGUGCUGGUCAAUAUAAAUGGGGUGCUUUAUCGUUCCUCGACAAAUAAGUUACAAAAGUCCGUUUCACGAACUCCAUCGGCAAUAGGUCAUUCUCCGGCCAAACCUGCACGUAAAACCAAAGAACACUAUUUGAUUAUAAGAGGUAUGCGCUUCGCAUUGGAUCGUAACGGUAUGAAGCUGCGCUCGGUGGGCAAUGCAACGGUGGAUACGGCAGCAUCCUCUAAAAGCAUUGCGGAACCGCGAUUAAACCGCAUCGAUAUCGGUGGACUAACGUACAAAGCGCGCAAGGAUGGAAUCUUCAUCCGGACGGACAAUCACAAAACGCGAAACCAUCUGAGCAUGGCCAAACACCGCAGUAUACAGGUGCUAGCGAGUAAGCUGAGAAAAUGUAACGAACCGUGCCAUAUCUACCGUCGUCUGGGGAAAUGUUUGGCGCACCAGCGUGGCAAAUGUCCAAAAGUACACGAUCCGAAGCACGUGAGCAUCUGCCAAAAGUUCUUACGCGGCGAAUGCAUACUCGAUGGAUGCUUUCUCUCACACGAUGUCUCCCUGGAGAAGAUGCCCGUGUGCACGUUUUUCCUCGAGGGACGCUGUACGCGCGAUGUGUGUCCCUAUCUGCACAAGAAAGUGAGCGAAAAGGAGCGCAUUUGUGAUGCAUUUUUGAACGGGUUUUGUUCUCUGGCCGACAAGUGUCCCAAUCGCCACGUAUUUCAAUGUCCAGAGUUUGAGCAGAAAGGCAAGUGCGACCGGGUGCGUUGCCCUUAUCCGCACGGGAAGAAGGAAGUCAAGAGUGUAAAAUCUGAUAAUCCAUCGACAUCGAAUGCUCUGCGGAAGCCGGAAAGGCAAGAACAACCUAGACCGAAACAGGCACCACCGACAAUGACGACGCCUGUCCGGUACUACAAGGACGAUGGACAAUCGUUGAUGCUACACCGAGACCAAACGGGUGAGUUUAGUGCUAGUGAGCGUAAUCAGUUGAAACGUAUGCUUGGUGAAGUGGAAAAAAUGAAACAACGAUACAAAGACGACAUCAGUACGCAUUCGACAGAACGCACCGUGGACGAUGAUAGUCAAAUUGUAAGUAUAGAAAGCAUCUCGCCGUCUAAUGGUGAACGUUCCGAAGCGAAUGAUUCGCUGCCGGAACCAACACCGGACGAGGUAAAGAACGAUAAUGAGUCCGGGACAGAUACGAAACCAGCGGUAUUUCGGCGUAAAGCUCUCGGUACGCUGCCAGCUUUUAUUCCUAUCUGAGUGUUGUGUUGCUUACAGUUGAUUGAAAAGGAACCGUAUGCCGAAAAAAUAUGUUUUUUUAUUAAGUUAAUAAAUAAUGAACGAUGAAGAAAAUAUUUUUUUAAAUAUGAAUAAAAUAAAGAAAAAUAUAUAAAUAGUUAA